AUGAAGUUGACUGUUGCCCCUCGGACUGAGAAGAAAAAUAAACACUUUCCGUUGACUGUUGACCUUGUUGAAGAUGCAACAGUAAACGACCUUAAGAAAGCAAUUCAUAAACGAAUCAAAAAAUUUUAUCCUGAACGACAAAGACUGACGUAUAACGACCAAGUGCUUGACGAUAGGAAGAAACGGUUGUCAGAUUACGGAAUCAAAAGUGAAGAUAAAAUUUUGUUUAAAGAUUUAGGUCCCCAGGUUGCAUGGAGAACAGUGUUUCUUAUUGAAUACUUGGGUCCUCUUGUGAUUCACCCAAUAUUCUAUUAUGGAUCGAGAUGGAUUUAUGGGGAGGAAGUCGAACACUCAAAGAUGCAAACUGUUACAUUUUACCUUGUAAUGUUGCAUUUCAUCAAACGCGAGCUUGAGACAAUAUUUGUCCAUCGAUUUUCUAACGAUACUAUGCCGAUCAGGAAUAUAAUCAAGAACUCUGUGCAUUAUCAUAUUCUCAGUGGUCUAUUUCUAGCUUAUGCUGUAUACGGGACAUGGAGCGCUGCAGGCACUAGCGGUGAACGGGAUAAUUGGUAUAUUGGCGCUUGUGUCGCUGUUUGGAUUUGGGCAGAAUUAUCCAAUUUGAUGACACAUAUUAAUCUACGCAAUCUUCGUCCUCCUGGCACACGAAUUCGGAAGAUUCCUUAUGGAUACGGAUUCAAUCUAGUCUCUUGCCCUAAUUACUUUUUUGAGAUUGUGGCAUGGGCAGCUAUAGCCGUUCUCACACAAUCAAUUGCUGCAAUUAUCUUCCUCGUAUUUGCCAUCGGACAAAUGCAUAUAUGGGCUGUCAAAAAGCACAAGAAAUAUCGUUCGGAAUUUAAAGAUUAUCCCAAAAACAGGAAGGCCCUGAUUCCAUUCGUCGUUUAG